GUGUCAUCACGUCGUUUAUAAGACGUCGUUACCAUAUCAUCAACAACGUCAGUUUCAACGAAAUCAGCUGACAGCAAGUACGAAUUUUCACAGAGCUCAAAUUACGCAGUAUUUCUCGAGGAGAUUACUCAAUAAAAUGAUGUACAUGGUCUAUGGCAGCACCUUCUAAGCUAUAUCUAUGGGGUAAACAAAUAACACUGCUGCGUUACAGAAAAGAAUUCGGACAUCGGGCAACAGUUUUUACUAUUUAACUGGCAACCCGAGAAAAGAUGCCAAAUCAAAGAAACGAACUGGUUAGGAUAGAUCUUAGAGUACAUAAAUCCCUGUCAGAAUACUCUAGCAGGGCAGCUGAUUAUUUUGUUGCCGUGACCGGGCCAGGACUUCAGCUAGGAUACGACGACUUCAGCAAAGCACCACGAUGUAAACGUGUUAAGCACGACCUUUGGGUGAAAAAAAUCUGGCUGCCUAAAAACAGCAGCAUCCAGUUCAAGUUCCUAGUAGUGAAGGCAUCGAAUAAUAAUACAGUUGACGUAGAGAAUGUAGAGCCCCGUCGCCUCUUUGUUGGCCAGCGAGCAAUCCAGGCCGAUACGACAUAUAACCAACAGGGACUUAUAAUUAAAGAAGAUGGACCAAAACUUCGCAAACCAGCAGAGCGGGGUAUAAACAAAGGGUCAAAGAUGCUGAAGUUAAAAGACGAAAAUAGUAAAAUAAAGAAGAUGAAGAAGAUGAAAGACGAAUGUCCUAAUACACAGGCGGAAGGCGAAACCCUCGGGAUUAAUAAUCUAGGUGACGAAAGCCUCUCCAAGUUGACAAAGCUGGUAAAGGAAGACAUUAACACGGAAAAGUUAAAAGAAAAAAUUAUUAAGACUGAAAAAAUAGAAUCUGUGACGGAUCAUCAGAACACUAAUAUCACAGGAGGCGUUGAUAACAAAGCUACAACUAGCACGGGUUUUCCUUCAAAUGGAAAGCGAUUCCUUCUUGCCACAGCUGGCAUUGUUGUGGUGUCUUGUGUCGGAUACUUUGCCUUCUGUAGGCGAUAAGUACCCUUACACAACCCUUGCCAUCACGGUUAUUCUUGUGCAUGAUUAUUCUAUAUUUCUCAAUAGAUUUUUAAUAAAUAAAGAAAAUUUCACGACGAGUUA